CUUUCUCUAUUGUUAUCCCUCUUACAAAUAAAGGAAAAUGUCUUUUCUAUGGGACUGGUUUACUGGAGCCCUGGGCUAUCUCGGUCUGUGGAAGUCCAUAGCAAAACUUGUCUUCUUGGGUCUGGAUAAUGCCGGGAAGACAACCCUCCUUCACAUGCUUAAGGAUGACAGAAUGGGACAACCUGUACCAACCUAUUACCCCACAAAAGAGGAGUUAAGAAUAGAAGGAGUAACAUUCACAACAUUUGAUUUAGGAGGCCAUAAAACAGCUCGUAAAGUCUGGAAGGACUACUUUCCAGCAGUUGAUGCGAUAGUAUUCCUUAUAGAUGUGCAAGAUCAAGAAAGACUGCCUGAGUCAAAAGCAGAACUAGAAGGUCUCUUAUCAGAUGAGGAGGUUUCAGAUGCCCCCAUACUGAUCCUAGGGAAUAAGAUUGAUGCUCCUAAAGCAUUAUCAGAGGACUACAUCAGACAGUUCUUCAAUCUACAUGGAGUAACAACCGGAAAAGGUACCAUUUCACGUAAGGACCUUCAGAGACGCCCUGUAGAAUUAUUCAUGACUUCAGUACUAAAGAGGCAGGGAUAUGGAGAGGGUUUUCGGUGGUUAGCACAGUAUCUUUAAGUACUCAUGAAGUGUCAAUACUUUCCUUGUUCCUUCUCA